UGUGACCUUCUUUCUUUCCAGUCUGCGAUCUCUCUCUUUCUCGUCCGGUAGGAAAUUCCUUUUCUUUCUUUUCGUUCUCUCUCUCUCUCUCUCCUUUUUCUUUUUCUCCCAUCAUGCCGACUAUCACCAGAAGCGCCUCCAAGACAAGACUAACGGCAUCCCCGGGUCGGCUGUCGGCACCACGCCGCAUAGCCACCCGACGACACUCGACGAAUGGAGGUGUAUCACCACUCCCGAUAACCACCAGACAGGAAACCCUGUACACCCGACGGAUGACGCGAGGCUCAAUGCCGACCGGGACUGCCCCCACGACAGCUGGAACUUCUGCAUCUGCGAGAAGAACCCUAGUUGGGGUGAGCAUGGUACGCCGGUCGACAUUGCAGCCGGUUAUCGAGGUGGACACAGACGCAACCGACAAAACACCGACUGGACAAACGAUAGAGACUUUCCUCGAGCGAUACCCUGCUGGCGGCCGACGGGUCAAUCCGGUGGAGCGGGCAAGUGCUAUGUUGACUGGUUUCGUGCGUACUAUACGCGACGGCCAGAAAACUAGGGGCUUCUCUGCGCUGCCGAGGGACUGGGAGGCCGCCAUCAGGUCCGUCCUCGUAGUACUGGCCGAGGUAAUCGACGAUAACAAAACAAUGACCACGACAAAAAACACUUCGACAUCGACUGACCCAGCCGAGCCUCUGACAUGUGUGGAGGAGAGCGAGCUAGACCUUGUCGGGGGACCCGAGGAGCGGGGAGCCGAGUGAGAUAAGGAGGUGGUGGCCGAGCCCCCAAACAUGGAGGCCAUGCCGCCCAUUCCACCUCCAGCGGUUCCGCUGCCCCCGGGAAUCUCGAUGAACGAGCUUGCACUCACUCUGCACAUGGCGGAGAUAAUCAGUGAGGCUAAUACGGAACUCUUGAGGAAAAUGGACAGCCUAACAAAAUUGGCAAAAGCAAUAGCAACAGGACAACAACCACAUGACAUAGGCACAACGACCGACUUGGCUAGCGAACAAGAACAAACACCAGACAUCCCUCCAACCACAACGGACAUCCCUCAGACGACAGACGACGCCACAACAUCUGCAAAAACCGGACUGGAAACUAAACGCAGCAAGAAAAAUAAGAAAAAGAACACCAAGACCUCACCCCAGAAAAACGGGACCGACACGGAAAGGAAAAAGGACAACAAAAACGCAAACGGACAAACCCAGAUCAAGGACAAGUCUCACGAACCCGAGGCCGAAUGGACAAAGGUCAUGAGCAAGCAGGCGAAGCGACGGGCUCGGAAGCAGCAACGCAAGCAGGAGGCCGCGGUCAUUGCAGCAGCUCAGUUACAAAAGCCGCAGCCGGAGCAGCAGCAGCCACCGAGGGAGCAACAGUCACCAAAACGCAGCAGUAGGCAGCCGGACGCGCUGGAGGUGGAAACCACCAGGCUGAUCUGCACCAACAUCCCCCCAAGCUGCUCAAACGAGGAGAUCGCCACGGACCUGAGCGCCGCCCUGGGAGUGACGCUGUACGCGGAAUAGAUCAGCACCGCCAAUUCCAGCUACGGAACGCUAGUAGCGUUCUUCGGCUGUCCGGAAGCGGCGGUUACAGAUGCGGUUCUGCAAAAUCAGCACGUCAUCGGGUUCAGUCGGUGCUGUCGGCUGAAGAAGGUGGAGGCGAAGCGCCAGUGCUACCGCUGCUACGAGUACGGCCACAUUGCGUCCCACUGCCGUGGAAAGGACCGGUCGAGCAAAUGCCAUCGCUGCGCAGAACCAAAACACACGGGACAGUGUGUUAAGGAGCGGAAGUGCCUAGUCUGCAAGGGCCCGGAAGCAAUCGGGCACUCGUUUGGACAGCGCCAGUGCCGCCAAGUAGGAGACGUAGUACCUUCACGGCCCAACCGGCGCGCCUAAGGUCCUCCAACAGAACCUGAACCACAGCCAGCUGGCCCAGGACAUGCUGCUGCAGACGGCCCGAACGGAGGGCCACGACCUCUUGCUGCUCUCAGAUCCAUACCGGAUCCCAGAGAACAAUAGCAACUGGGUGGUGGACCCGACGGGCAGAGUCGCAGCGGUUUCAACAGGAAGAUACCCCAUCCAGCGCAUCAUCGAGAACCGGCGGGACAGCUUCGUCGUGGUGGAGAUGCGCGGCAUUGUGUUCUGCUCUGUAUAUCUACCUCCUGUGGGUCCCAAUGCGACGAUAGAAGACUACAGACGUAAGUGGACUGAAAUAGCGUCUGUGAUUCCACGCAACCGGGACACCGUGAUCGGCGGAGACGUCAACGCCUGGUCAGGAGCGUGGGGAAUGGAGCGUAGGAGCAACGAUGGAGAGCGGGUGCACAGGGGAGCAAUCGUGAUGGACGCAGCGGCUUCGCUCGAACUGGUCCUGUUGAACCGGGGUAACCGGCCAACAUGGGUCAGCCACAGUGGCCGCAGCUCCAUUGUCGACGUAACCUUUUGUAGCAGGUCUCUCGUGGGCGACAACAACUGGCGAGUCUGCGACGAAAAUCCGAGCGACCAUAACACCAUCAAGUUUACGGUUGGGAGGACGACGGCACAGACAAGCACUG